GGAAAGUGUGGCAGCGAGGCGCGCGCGGGGCACCUCUCGGGCACCACCCGGGGGCUAUUUUAGACCCUGGAGGCGCCUGGUGCCAGUAGGACCGUCUCCGGCACCUUUUGACGGCCCGGCACUCUGCUCGUCCUCUCCCACUCGAGAGGGACUCGGCCUCGAGGCUGACGUGUGGGGUCGUCCUCGCGUAGUGCUCACAUUUACUGCUUGCCAUGACGCGACUCUCGGCAUGGACGUGGCUGGUGAUGGGCGGCCUGGCGGUGCUCGCCGCCCACGCCCACGCCGCCAGCCCCAAGGCGGACGUGAUCGAGGAUGUUAAUGCCAAACAACUGGAGGAUCUGGUGGCCGAGAGUGAUUACGUGGCUGUGUUUUGGUACAAGAAGAGCUGCAAGGACUGCGACAAGGUGCUGGCGGAACUAGAGAACAUCGACGAUGACACGGACAGGUUCGGCGUGCACUUCGUCAAGAUCGCAGACAAGAAGUACGCGAAGUCUUAUGGCGUGAAGACCUUCCCCGCGCUCUCCUUCUUCAGGAAUAAGGAACCCAUGCACUAUGAAGGUGACCUCAUGGACGAGAGUUCUGUGCUGGAGUUCCUCACGAGCCUCGAGGCCAUGGAGCUGCCGGACCAGAUCGAGGAAGUCAAUGCAAAGAUUCUGGACAAAAUCGUCGAGGAGCAGGAGUUUGUGGCGGUGCUCUUCUGUCACUUGGACAACAUUUGCGACCAGGGAGAACAUAAAAGCGAGUGCCGGCGCUGCGCCAAAGCCCUGCAGGAACUGGAGAACGUGGACGAUGACGCGGACCAACUCGGCAUCGCCUUCGUCAAAAUCAACGACCCAGAACUUGCUGAUGAAUAUUCCCUGGGGUCCCUCCCCGCCCUGGUGUACUACCGAAGACGCAUCCCUGUCGUGUAUGAUGGCGAUCUAAUGAAUGAGGACAAGGUGCUGGAGUGGCUGGUGGAAAACAAGAACACUGGGGACGAUGAUGAUGUAAUUGAUGACGUCACUCUGGGUCUGCUCAACACUCUCAUCGACUCCCUGGAUCACCUGGCUGUCGUCUUCUACGACAGGGAUGAGAGCGAUGAUGGCGUCAUCCUGCAGGAGCUGGAGAACAUUGAUGACGACCUGGAUGCCCAAGGAAUCCACAUCGUCAAGAUCGCCGACGACGUGGCUGCCAGGGAGUACGGCAUCGAGGACAUGCCCUGUCUCGUCUACUUCGAGAAGGAGAUUCCUUCCCUCUAUGAUGGAGACCUUCACAACGAGGAGGAGGUGCUGGCCUGGCUGAUUGAGCAGCUGCACAGUGAUGAGAUUGAAGACGUCACUGAUGAGAUGCUGGACAAGCUCAUCAAGGAGGCCAACCACCUUGCUGUUCUUUUCUAUGAUGAGGAUAGCCAGGAAUCCCAAAUGGUGGUGGCAGAGCUGGAGAACAUUGAUGAUGAGUGUGAUGCCAAGGGGAUCUCCUUUGUCAAGAUUGACAACGAUGAUGAAGCAAAAGAAUACGGCAUUGACACCCUGCCCACACUAGUGUACUUUGAGAAAGGCGUUCCCUCUGUGUACUCAGGAAACUUGCUUACGGAGGAGGAGGUCCUGGACUGGCUGGUGCAUCAGGUGGAGGAGGAUGAGAUUGAAGAGGUGACAGAUGAGAUGCUGGACCGUCUCAUAGGACGCACUGAGCACCUGGCUGUGCUCUUCUAUGAUAAGGACAGCAGGCGCAGCAGGAAGGUCCUUGCCGAGCUGGAGAACAUUGAUGAUGAGUGUGAUGGCCGAGGAGUUUAUUUUGUCAAGAUUGAUAACUAUGCAGAAGCCAUUGAGUACGGUAUUGACACCAUCCCUACACUGGUGUAUUUUGAAAGUGAGAUCCCCUACAUAUUUGAAGGUGACCUGAUGAAGGAGGAAGAGGUGUUGUACUGGCUGUUCCACCAUGUUGACCAUGAGGAGAUUGCUGAUGUCACGGAUGAGAUGCUUGGCAAACUCAUCGCCAAUGAGCCCUUCUUGGCAGUGCUCUUCUAUGACAAGGAAGAUGCUGAGGACCAUGAGGUGCUGGCUGAACUGGAGAACAUUGACGAUGACUGUGAGCAAGCAGGUGUCCCCUUUGUCAAGAUUGACAAUGAUGCUGAAGCUAAAGAAUAUGGCAUCGACGAACUCCCAACCCUUGUCUAUUUUGAGAACAGGAUACCCAGCAUUUAUGAAGGUGAUCUCUCAAAUGAACAGGAGGUCUUGGCAUGGCUGAUGGAGCAGAAGACCACAGACACAAUAGAGGAGGUGACAGAUGAGAUCCUGGAUGACCUCAUUGCCAACUUUGAAUAUGUUGUUGUGUACUUCAGUGGAAAGUGUGAGGAAGGCCAGAAGUGCGACAAGAUCCUGGACGAACUGGAAAACAUUGAUGAUGACACAGACGACCACGGGAUGCACUUUGUCACCACUGAAGAGACCGGCUUGGCUAAUGAGUAUGGCAUCAAGAACCUGCCUGCUCUGGUGCUCUUCAGGAAUGGGGAACCAGUGGUGUACAAGGGUGACAUCAGCAAUGAGGAAGCCGUGCUGAAAUGGGUGACAUCAGAGGACACCCUGCAGAUCCCCAACCAGAUUGAGGAGGUGAACCAGCGCAUGUUGGAGAGGAUCCUCAACAUCUCAGAUAAUGUUGCUGUGUUCUUCUAUGAUGAAGAUGACAUGAAGAGCAAGAAGAUUCUCAUUGAACUGGAAAACAUUGAUGAUGAUUGUGAUGACAUUGGAAUUGAUUUUGUGAAGAUCUCUGAUGAAGGAAUUGCCCAGGAAUAUGACAUUGCCAGCAUGCCUGCCCUUGUCUACUUUAGGCACAGAUUCCCUCAGAUCUAUGAAGGGGACAUGUUUGAUGAAGAUGGUCUGCUGGAGUGGCUCAUAGACAACAAGGACAAAGGACCGGCCUCCAUUAUUGAAGAAGUGGAUGGGAAGAUGCUGCAGACCCUUGUGGACACCUUUGAGUACCUUGUGGUGUACUUCUACGACGACAACUGCCCAACAUGCGAGACAGUCUUGGCAGAGCUUGAGACAAUUGAUGACGAGACGGAUGAAGUUGGCAUUCAGUUCGUGAAGACCAAUGAUGUGGAUGUGGCAGAGGACCUGGGCAUCAGCCACCUCCCGGCUCUGGUGUACUUUGAGGGCGGUGUGCCGAGCAUCUAUGACGGUGACAUCGCAAGGGGUCGAGAAGUCUUGUCUUGGCUUGUUGCACAUACACGUAAGCAGAGCCUUACAGACACCUCAGUGGUGGCUAUAACCUCCAGACUGCUAGGGCGUGGGCAGGUGCAGGCAGGUGAGGGUGGUGGUGAGAGUGAAGGUGCGAGUGAUGGUGCUGGUGUGGAUGAGGACGAACAGAAUGAUACUGACACUGGUGGUGCGAUGACUUAUGAUGAUGGUGGUGAUGAUAAUAAUACUGAAGAUGAUGAAGAUUCUGAUACUGAAGAUGACACUAGUGCUGGACAAAUUGAUAAUGAAGAUGAAAGUUAUGACACUAAUAACAUUAGUAUUGAAGAAAUUGCUAGUGAAGAUGGUGGCAAUGAAAGUGACAAUGAUAUUCAGGAAGAUGGCAUUUCUGAAGAUGAUGCUAUAGAUGAGGAAGACGAUAGCACUGAUGACAAUGCUGUAGAUGAUGAAGAAAGUGAAGAUAAUGAUACAGAUGAUGAAGAUAAAGAAAAUAACACUGAAAAUGGCAGUGAUGAUGACAUUGAUGAGAAUGCAGAAGUAGAUGAUGUUAGUGAUAAAGAUGAUGCCACUAAUGUUGAAGAUGAAGACACUGAUGAUGAGAGUGAAGAAGUUGCUGAUAAAAAAGCUGAUGAUGAUGAAGAUGAGGUGGAGGAAGAUGAUGAACAAGAAGAAAAUGAUGUAGAUAUUGUAACAGCGGAAAAUGCAGAUGAGGAGGAAGCAGAAACUGAUGAGAGUGCCGAGGAAUUAGAUGACAAUAGUGAGGAAGAUGAUGAUGAUGUUGCUGUUGCUGUUGAAGAUAAGGGAGAAGAUAGUAUUACUUGUCUACAUUGUGAGGUGGAUGUUAGUGUCAUAAUUGAAGACGUCACUAAUGAAGAACUGGUUGAUGACGAAGAUGAAGGUGAAUCUGAAUUGACAGUAGAUGGUGAUGGCAAGAUUAUAGACACUGAGGCAGAUGUAGAAGAAGAAGUCUAUGUGAUAAAGGUAAUUGAUAAAGAGGAAAACUAUUCAGACCCAAAAAUCCAAUCAGCUGGUGUUGAAGAAAGUGAAAGUAAAGGACAAGAUGAGGAUGGUAGUGAUAAGGAAGUCAAAAGUGAAGAUAGCAAAAAAGAAAAGGGUAGUGCUAAAAAGGGCAAGAAGAAAGCCAAGGCACAUAAUAAGGCAACAAUUCAUAAACUUCGUAAGGCAUUUUUGGCUGAACAAAUCAAAAGUGGCCAGUCCCAAGUUGCAGUGAAAGAUGAAGCCGAGAAUAUGACUGGAAAGGAAAAGCAUGAAGGAGACAUCCAGGCAGAGGAGCAGGUGCUGGAAUGGCUCAUUGAGCAGCGACAUGAGGACACCAUUGAGAACAUCAACCGGCAGAUGCUGUACACACUCAUAGACACCCAAGACUACCUUGCCGUCUACUUCUUCAACGAGGAGAAUGAUGAGUGCCCAAAGGUGCUGAGGACGCUGGAGAAGAUCGAUGAUGAGGCAGCGGAGUUUGGCAUCCAGAUGGUCAAGAUGAAUGACAGACUCAUGGCCAAGAAAUAUGGCUUCAGAAAUCCUCCCGGACUCGUCUAUUUCAGGAAGGGCAAGCACAUCAAGUAUGACGGUGACUUGUAUGAUGAGGAGGAUGUGCUGGACUGGCUCACUGCACCAGAAAAUAUGGAGCUGAACGAUGCCAUUGAGAAGGUGAACAGGAAGAUGUUUGAGAGGAUCCGCCAGACAACAGACUACUUGGCCGUCUUCUUCUACACAGAGGAGGGAUGCAAGCAGUGCCAGAAGGUGCUGGCUGAGCUGGAGAACAUUGAUGAUGAAGCUGAUGCUAAUGGCAUUGACUUUGUGAAGAUCGAUGACUCUCAGCUGGCAAAGGAUGUUGGUGUGUAUGCACUGCCUGCCAUCGUCUUCUACCGCUCUGGUAGUGAGGAGCCCAUCAUCUACGCUGGUGACAUGAAGAAUGAGGAGAACCUUCUGGCAUGGCUGCUCACUGAGAAGGACCCAACAGCAGACUUCAUUGAGGACAUGGAUGGGGAGAUUCUGCAGCGGGUGAUCCGAGACGCUGAUGCUAUUGCUGUGUAUUUCUAUGACUUAUCGGGCUGUCCUGACCCAAGUGAAGAAGGAGAGAAAAAGAAGAAGAAGAAAAGGAAAAACGAAACCUCUUCUGAAUCAACAAACAAGGAUGACUCGACCUGUGCCAUAUGCAUGCAGGUCUUGGAAGAGUUAGAAAAUAUUGAUGAUGAUACAGACAGGAUUGGUGUGAGCUUUGUCAAGACACAAGACCUCAAGGUGGCUGAGAGGUACGGAGUGACCAGUGUGCCGGCUCUCCUCUACUUUGAACACCAGGUCCCCACUGUGUAUGAAGGGGACCUCCUGGCAGAAGAGGAUGUGCUUCAGUGGCUCAUUCUGCAGAAGACUGAGGACACCAUUGAGACAGUGAACAGGAACAUGCUGGAGGUGAUGCUAGAGGACACUCAGUACCUGGCUGUCUUCUUCUACAAACCAAACUGCCGAGCAUGUGAGACAGUGCUGGCAGAGCUGGAAAACAUUGAUGAUGAGUGUGACCUUUAUGGUAUCCACAUGGUGAAGAUCCAGGAUGCUCAGCUGGCCAAACGCUAUGGCAUCAAGACCCUUCCUGCUCUCAUCUACUUCAGGAAUGGCAACCCUCUCAUCUUUGAUGAUGAUAUCGCCGAGGUGGGCGGAGACGUCUUCCAGUGGUUUAUUGAUGAUGAUAACCUUAAGUUGGAUGGUCACAUUGAGGAAGUUAAUAUCAGAAUGCUCAAUGCGAUUAUUUCCACAAGUCACCAUGUUGCCACAUUUUUCAUGAACGAGGAUGACUGCACUGAGUGUGAGCAAGUCCUCCAUGAGCUGGAGAACAUUGAUGAGGAGGUGGACAUGUACGGAAUUGACUUUGUCAAGAUCAAUGACCCUGAUGCUGCCCAUCGGUUCAAUAUCCUUCACACUCCUGCUCUUGUUUACUUUAGAAAGAAAGUACCACUUGUGUAUGACGGUGAUCUCCUUGAUGAGGAGAAGGUGUUCCAGUGGCUAACAUCCCAGGAUGUGUUUGAAAUCAAGGAUGAGAUUGAGGAAGUUAAUAGAAAAAUGCUGGAGAAGUUGCUUGAUGAGAAUGACUUUGUGGCUGUUUAUUUCUAUGAAGAUAAUGCUAAAUGUCAGGAGGUACUGAGUGAACUGGAAAAGAUUGAUGAUGAGACAGACGACCUUGACAUAACCUUUGUCAAGAUCCGGGACACUCGCUAUGCCAAGAAGUAUGGCAUCCAGAAGCUCCCUGCUCUCGUCUACUUCAGGAGGAGAUUCCCCAGUAUAUACAGAGGAGACCUUAUGGUAGAGGAGGAGGUUCUAGAAUGGCUUCAGAAGAACAGGUUUAAGCAUCCUGAACUGAACCUCUUUAUGUAUGCCACUGGGGCCAUCACCCUCGCCUUCAUCAUGUACACACUGUUCCUAAUCUUCUGUUUCAGGAGUCCUGGCCACCAGAAGGCAGCGUGAUCACAGUGCCCAGCACUGCACCUCACACCAAGCCUUUAGGAAACAUUUUGACAUACGUAUUACAAUACACUUAGGUAAGCAACAGCAACAUAAUUGCACAUGUUAAAGAGCAGCUUUUCAUGGAUCGUGUGUAUAAAAACAUUACCUGCAAGUAAAGUAAUCUUACGAUCAAUAGCAAGGAUAAUAAACUGUGAUGUUUUUUGUUUAUAAUACGUACAUUUAAUCCAUUCAUGAAUUUCAUGAACUGUGUGCUAAGGAAAUAUAAUUAUAGAUGUACUGAUUCAUUAAUGAGUGUAUAUGACAAAGAGUUUAUUUUGUGAGUACUAGAAUGAAAAAUCAUUUGGGAUAUAUUAUUCAUGCUUUCAUUUACAAUAUCUACAUUGUGAUAGCUUGCUGUAGUCUAUGUUAAGUUACACAUUAAGCUUGUUUAAAUAUCAAUAUACAAAUAGCUGUUCACCUUUUCAAGGUCGUGAGUAAAAAAGUGACACGUUCCAGUCAUCUUAGUUAAGUAGAUAAUUAUGAGGUGUGUAACAGUUGUUCACAAUUAUUUGAAAAGAUCUCCACACACACCACUCAAAGUACCCAGUGAUCCAGUCAACAAGCAGCCGUCAUGGAGCCAUGUCCUCAUAUCCAUUCCCAGGGUAGAGAAAAUGGACCUUUGUGUGGAGGUACAUUUAUCAAAGUAUCCUUCCUUGUCUUGGUCAGAUGUUCUUUUCACAAAAGAAACUUGGAAAUGUAGUGCUAGUGUUUUUCAAAAUAGCUGUAUCACUUAACAUUGUAGGAUUUCUUGACUUCAUGUAUACCAAGUGAAAUAAGUUAUCUAAAGCAUAUCAGGUAAUAAUGGCUCAAGCCAUAAAAAACAUCAUGGCUUUAUAAAUUUAAGGACCAUGAGGCUGUGAUGUAGUUGCAUUACUGGCCAGCUGAACCAGCUGGUGUGUAAUUGGGGAAAAAUUCAGAAUUAUCCCAUAAUAAUUUAUGAUGAGUAGAGACCAGCUCUUAAAAAAUACUAUUUUCCAUUCUUAUUUAAUCAAACAAAUGCCAUAUGAUGAUAACACAAAGUAACAUUUUGCUGAUGAGAAAUUAUAGACAAUGCUAACUUCUUUACUGAUGUUAUUGGAAGUUUUAUAUUGUGUGUAAAUGUUGAGUCUCCAUUUGUAUUAUGUCUGUAUACUGUGUUUGUUAUGUUUUCUGUUAUGGUGUUCUGAUAAUGGUCUUCUAUUCUUUAGAAGAAAUGGAGAAUUAGUAUGUUUAUUUUUAUGUAAAAUGGAUGAAUUAGUGACACUUUCCAUUUCUGACAGAAAAUGGAAAAUUAGAUGUGCAGUCUGGCUGUAAGUAAAGCUCUACAUGACUUCUCAACUCUGUAGUUGCAAGUUGUAUGGAAAAUUAUGUAUGCAAUUAGAUGUUUCUGUUGCUGCUCACCAAUAUUAUGAGGUUCAUUUCAGGAAAGUGCAUCUGUUUCCUCAAAGCUGUUGGUCAUGUUCCCCUUCACCCUGUGUUCAACCCUCCUGUCUGUCCCGUGACUCCUCUGUCCUGUGCCUGCCCCACCCACCUGUGUGUCCUGUCCUGCUGCCUGCCCUGCUUUGCCUGUCACCUGGAUAUAUUGACACAGAGCCAGACUCACCAAGGUAAUAUUAUGAAAACUUUAUGUAAAUUAUGCAUUCAUGUAUAAUAAAGAAAUGUUUAUA